AUGGAGGAGGAGAAGGCCAGGGGGUUGUCCUCGGCGGCCUCGCCGCUGAUCCCGCCGACAUCCUCGGAGAUCGACCUCGAGGCCGGUGCCGGGGACCAGCUCCAGUGCCGGAUCUGCCUCGAGACCGACGGGAGAGACUUCAUCGCGCCCUGCAAGUGCAAGGGGACAUCCAAGUACGUGCACCGCGACUGCCUCGACCACUGGAGAGCGGUCAAGGAGGGAUUUGCAUUUUCUCAUUGCACCACCUGCAAGGCUCCUUAUUACUUGAGGGUUCAUGUCCACACUGACAGGAAAUGGCGAACACUAAAGUUUCGUUUCUUUGUUACUAGAGAUAUAUUAUUCAUCUUUGCUCUAGUCCAGUUUGUUAUCUCUGCAUUGGCUUAUUUGGUACAUUUUAUUGAUGGGUACCAGCAAUAUUGGCUGAGGACGGCCUGGGGUUUCGAUAAUGAAGUUACUUUUUAUUAUAUAUGUGGAGCUUUGUUGUUUUUUGCUUUACUCGGGUUAUCAGGAUGCUUCAUAACGUGUUAUGACCGAAGAGUACGGAGUGACUUGGCUCAGCCUUGUCGAGAACUGUGCCUCUGUUGCUGCCAGCCAGGGAUGUGUGCAGAUUGCCAUCUUCCUGGCACACUUUGCAUGUGGACUGACUGCACCACAUGCUUUGAAGGCUGUGCAACUACAGCCGGGGAGUGUGGUGGUUGCUUGGGAGGUGCAGGGGAAGCAGGGUUACCAUUGCUCCUCAUCAUGGGAGUAAUCGUGCUCGGGCUCUUCACGGUUGUCGGCAUCUUCUAUAGCGUUCUGGUGGCAACUAUGGUAGGGCAGAGGAUCUGGCAAAGACACUACCACAUCCUUGCGAAACGAAUGCUAACAAAGGAGUACGUUGUGGAAGAUGUUGACGGUGAACGUGCAGAUUGGUCUCCGCCGCCACUCCCUGCAGAGCACGUCCAGCAGCUCAAAUCCCUGGGACUCCUAUAG